CUUUCUCGAAAUGGUAUUGAAAUGCACUUUGCCACUAACGCAUUUGGCCAUUUCGUAUUGGUGAACAAUCUAUUGCCGUUGCUUGAAAAGAGCUCUGACGGCAGAAUCGUGAUAGUUUCUUCUGGAUUGUAUAAAGCGGUGAAUCACAUUCCCACUCUUCGACAGCUGAUGGGUGAACAAGACUGGGAUUAUCACCCACGAUUUGCAUAUGGUCUUAGCAAGUUGGCUAAUUGUUUACAUGCAGUGGAGUUAGCAAGGAGGCUAUCUGCAAAUAAAUGCUCUACAAAGGUUUAUGCGCUUCGACCAGGAUUCGUUGGCGGUACAGAAUUGGGCCGUGAAACGCAUUGGUUAUUAAGAACAUUAGCUUCUCCAAUCAUAUGGUUAUUUUCGAAAAAUCUUGACCAGGUAGUUUCCGCCGUAAGGGGUGGGAAAGGGGUUUUGGAUUUUGGUGAGAAUAAGCGCCUUUUACCAAGCUUCGCUUUACUUAACCACAAUUGA